AUGGAGUCCUAUAGGCCGACUGCAAUGGCGAUGUCUGCACUGUUCGUCGUGGCACUUUUGACUCUAGAAUCUUUGUCCGUCCGUCGGGUGAAUGGCAUGCAUUCGAACAACGAAGUGCAGGAGAUAACCCCAGCCGGGACGACCCUGCGAAUCAGCUCCGAUGGAUUCAACGCGAUGGCGAAGCCCCUUGAGACGGUAUUCACGAACUUAAUAAUGAAACUGCUCUUGUCAGGGUUAGCACCUGCCUUCACCUCCUCCAAGCAAGGGGUGAGUGUUAAAGAAUUAAACAUAAAUUCGUAUGAACAUAUCAAGCCGAUGACAGUCACUCUUAUGGACGACCCAUCUUACAACGUGAUCAUUAGCGAAACUAACGCAAAGGUCGAAAUAUAUGCCGUUGUGUCGUCCCGCCUGAAAAAUUCGAACUGCGAUAUUCCGGUAGUGAUUUCGAUCGACGGCUUGACGAUGGCUACUUACAUUCAGGUGGCGAAGGGCAGCAGAUCCUCGCAGCUGCUGAAUCUGUCAGUGGGCAGAUGUCAGUCGAAAUCGAAUGUGAUCAGCGUAGCAACCCUGGACGAACCUGAGAUCAGCCAAAGGUCGAAACAAAUCGUCGUCGGCAUGAUCGAGGACUUCAUCAAGAAUACCCUUUGCAAAGCUUUGGUCGAGGACGUUCAAGUUGCAUUGCAGGAUCUCUCUGCAAAUCUGCCAGCAAGCAUCCGCCUUUCUGAUGAAACUAUUCCAAUGUUCACAGUCGAAAGUCCUGUCGUGGAGAAGAGAAAAGAGGGUAUGUUUUUGAAGGUCGAACUGGGAUUUUCAAUACCUGUCUGUAGUCAUCAUUACAGUUCUAUGUUGACGCAUCCUUUGAACAGCAAGGUGGUCAGUGUCGCUGUGUCUGAAUGCACCGUAAACGCUUUUCUGCAAUAUCUCUUCUUUCAGGGGUUACUAACAACAGAACUUGACGAGGGUAGCUACCGUAAGUCAGAUGAAAGUCUCCUUUCUCCAGAAGAACUCAAUGCGUGCCUCAAUAAUCGUUCACAGAUGAACGACGUUCCGAACUAUGACCAAAGCAAGCUCGCGUAUGCCCUCACAAAAUCGCCUACCGUCACUGUUGAAACCGGAGAAGUAGGACUCAACGCCGAAAGUGUCAUUUCUUACCAGCCAAAAUCGCGCAGUUGCUUAGCCAAACACCUAUCGUCUGACAUCAUCGUCAAUUUCGUCAAAAAUCACGAAACUCUCCAAGCAACGGUCGAUCCUGUGUUCGUCAAUUUUUCUGGUCGCAGCUUCAGACAAAAGAACUCCAACCUCAUCGGAAAUGUGAUCAAGGCAGUGAUAUUAAAGGCCAUCAACAAAUUCCUGGCAUUCAACGCUCCUGCAGAAGAACUAAGUUUCUUCCGUAUAAAAGAUUAUGGCAUGAAGCUUCUGUCCGAAUGGUUCGUUCUCUACGGUGAUAUCGAACUGCUGCCUGAGAAGCUGUUGAAGAUCGUUGAAUCGAAGAAUGAGAUUAAUGGCCAAAGUUUCGACAGAUGA